AUGGAGCUUGGAUGUAACGAAUCGUUGCCGGUGGUCAUAGUUCGUGGUUCUUGCAAUUGGCUGCUUUAUUUAUCUUUAGCACAAAACCAUGGUCGGGAUCUCGGCACCACUUUGGUUGUGGUCAAUCCUCUAAGGAAAGAAUGUUAUCAGUUGCCACCCAUCGAUAUUAGGUUAGGUAAAACGUCGGGGACUCGAGAAUCAUGUGGGCUUGGUUUUGAUGCUUCUACCAACACCUUCAAGAUGGUAUGUGUAUCUGUUAGAAGAGAAGCUCAUCCGGUGAGCCUUGAUGAGGUGAGGAAGAAUCUCCGCACCAGGGUGCAUGUUUUGGGCACCGACUCAUGGCGAGAUUUACCCAAAGUCCCAUCUUAUCCCAUAACCGGUGAAGGCGUAUUUGCCCAUGGAUAUCUGUACUGGUUGACAGCUUAUGUUCCUGGAGAGGCAUACAGUGAUCAAGUGAUACGGUAUGAUGUGAGGAAGGAGGAAUUCAGAUUGAUCUAUCCUACGAAAGAAACUGGAGAUGGUUGGAUUAACACUCGAUUGGUUGAUCUGCAUGGUGAAGUUGGAUAUUCGUAUAACCACCUUGGAAAAACGAUGGAGGUGUGGGUAUUGAAGCAGAAGGAAUGGGUACCUUACUGUCGAUUUGAUUAUAAGCCACCUUUACCUUUUGUUGAGGGUUUCAACUUUCACCCACAAUUCAAUCCAAAAACCGACACCAGUCGUCGUCGAAGCCGCAGGCGUCCUUCUUCUUCAUUCAAGAUGUCGGACGUUGAUGAAGCCGAUAAGAAUAUAGCGAUAUGGAAGAUGAAGAACCUUAUCAAGGAACUUGAAGCUGCAAGAGGCAAUGGUACCAGCAUGAUCUCUCUUAUUAUGCCUCCACGAGAUCAGAUUUCUCGAGUCACUAAAAUGCUUGAAGAUGAAUUCGAAACUGCUUCAAAAAUGAAGAGCAGAGUGAAUCGUCAAUAUGUUUUAGGCGCCAUAACAUCUGCCCAACAGAGACUUAUGCUAUACAACAAGGUUCCUCCCAAUGGACUGGUGAUUUAUACUGGAACCAUACUUACUGAUGACGGGAAAAAGGAGAAGAAAGUUACAAAAGACUUUGAACCCUUCAAACCGAUCAAGGACUCCCUUUAUCUCUGUGAUAACAAGUUCCAUACAGAAGCUCUAAGUGAACUGUUGGAAUCUGAUGACAUGUUUGGUUUCAUUAUCAUGGAUGGUAACGGGACACUUUUUGGGACAUUGAGUGGCAACACAAGGGAAGUUGUACACAAAUUCACAGAGGAUUUACCAAUGAAACAUGGGCGAAGAAAGCAGUCUGCCUUUCCAUUUGCACCUUUUCAUAUGGAGAAACGUCAUAACUAUGUGAGAAAAACAGCUGAGCUGGCAACACAGCUGUACAUCAAUCCUGCCACUGGUCAAUCAAACGUUUCUGGUCUUAUACUUGCUGGAUCUGCUGGUUUGGAAACCGAUUUGAUGCAAUGUGACAUGUUUGAUCCUUGUCUUCGAGCUAAAAUCAUGAAUGUAGUUGCUGUUUCAUAUGGAGAGGAGCAUGGUUUCAAUCAAGCUAUCCAGUUGUCCUCUGAAGUUCUUCCUAAUCUGAAGUUUGUACAAGAAAAACGUUUGAUUGGAAAGUAUUUUGAAGAGAUCAGCCAGGAUACGGACAAGUGUGUGUUUGGUGUUGAUGACACUUUGGAAUCUUUGGAGAUGGGUGCUGUUGAGAAUCUCAUUGUGUGGGAGAAACUUGAUGUUAAUCUAUACGUGCUUAAAAAUAGUACUUCAAGUGAAAUCACUACAAAGCAUUUGAACAGGGAACAAGAAGCUGAUCAAAGUAACUUUCGAGACCCGCAGACAAAUGCUGAACUUGAAGUUCAAGAAAAGAUGCCAUUGCUUGAGUGGCUUGCUAAUGAGUAUAAGAAAUUUGGAUGCACACUUGAAUGCAUGUGCAGGGUGGUGGAGCCAAGAGCCAGCACCAGGGCACCGUACAAAUUAGUGUUAAAAGAAGUCAGAGAUGAUGGAAAAUGGUAUAUCAUUCAGUAGGGUUGUUCUGACUUUCUAGGAAGGCUUUUUUUUCUUACUAUCUUUUUAUAGCAUUGUACCGUCAAAUUUUUUUUUUAUUCAUACACACCCAC